AGCGCAGUGUUGUUGCUGAAAAUUUGACCGGUCGUCCUCUGCUCUGAGUUUCCAGUCGUCGUCCUUCAGGCAGUCGCUGCUUCUCUCUCGGCUGAAACACACCACAACACAGCGUGAAACCAUGGCCGGGGUUAUCGUGAGGAAAUCGUUUGAUUACCUGAAGAGCAAAGACUUCAGGGAUUAUUUGAUGAGGUCUCAUUUCUGGGGUCCUAUCGCAAACUGGGGUCUUCCCAUAGCCGCCAUAGCAGAUAUGAAGAAGAGCCCUGAGAUUAUCAGUGGCAGGAUGACAUUCGCUCUGUCCUGUUACUCACUGCUCUUCAUGAGGUUCGCCUACAAGGUGCAGCCACGCAACUGGCUGCUCUUUGCGUGCCAUUUGACCAAUGAGUCUGCACAGCUAAUCCAGGGCAGUCGUCUCAUGAGACACAACAUGGAGAAGAAGAAGCAAUCUCAAUCUCAGUGACAACGUGAAGCAGAUGGAGAAGAUCCACUUCAUUAUGGCACCAUGCUGUGACAACAGCCACCUUAACCAUCAACAUUUUAACGAAUCAUUUGAACCGUGGCACUUACCCUAUGAAAUUACCACGACUCAUCAUCCUCAUGAAGUUUUAGUCACUUUUUAAGAUACAGACAGAAAAAGCAAACGCUUUCCUUAGUGAAAAAAGGUCAACUGCUGUGAUUUAUUUUUAAAUUGUUUUGCUACAUCAACAUGACGCACAAAAGCCUGAUGGUUACUAGAUGCUUUGCACAGAGAAGCCACUGAUCAUUCAACACGUAAGAAUGAGGCUGGAACAUCAUAAUGCUCAGCCAUAACAUUUUAAUAAGUAAUUGACAUGUUCAGCAUAUUUGACAGAGAAUUUAACCUUAGUUCAGCUCAGUAUAUGGACUUCAUUCAUUUACCUUUACUGACACACAGGACACACACAGGAGAAAGAUACUGUUGCUGUACAUUGAAAACAAUAUUUGAGGAUCUGAUUUGACACGUUUUACUGUGUUAUGAUAAAUAAUGAUUACCUAAUCAAAUGUUUAAAUUAUAAAAACUUAAAUGUUUGUGUUUUUAUGUGGUGCAGCUACCCCCACACUGUAAAUCUGUAAACUUUAGGCUGAGAUCACCAAUAUAUAAUCCUACAUGACUGGGAAAGACAAGCUGCCUCUGUCAGUGCUAACCAAAUGUACCAUAUGCAUAUUAAUUUAUUGUCAUUGUACACUUCACAUUCUCUUUCCCUGAUUCACAAUUUUGAUUCUCUGGGUUUGUUAAAUAAACUGGCUUUAACCAACUUGAACACAA